AUGGAGUGAAGUAACGUAGAGAAAGAGAACGGAUCCACUGUCUUGAUCAAUGAUCAAUGCUGUGCUGCAUGUACUCUACGUACCCAUCAUUUUACAUUUACACACUCUGCUUGAUCCUUACAAUACGAUUUGAUUCAAAAUUUCGUCCUUGACGUUAUGAAUAUUGUAACUGCCCUAUUGUCAACCACCAUAUCCUAAAGUCCAGAUUUCAUUCAAUAUCAGCAUUUAUUUUCCAUAUUUUCACACUCUUCUCUCUUUAAUUUUUUUAUUCUUACCAGCUACUCACCUCUUUUUAAAUUCUCACAAACAAAGGGUUCUUUCUUUUACAAACAUCCUUGACACUGCAUCUUCUUCUUUCUGCCCUCUUUCUUGGCUCAAGACUUGUCAGAAAUGGAUGUGGAAUAUUAUGAGGAAUAUGUUAGAAAUUCCAGAGGAGUGAAGCUUUUUACUUGCAGAUGGCUGCCUGUUUCUUCUCCAAAAGCCCUUGUCUUUCUUUGCCAUGGAUAUGGCAUGGAGUGCAGUGAUUUCAUGAAAGGUUGCGGGACAAGGUUGGCCAACUACGGCUAUGCUGUGGUGGGGAUUGAUUAUGAAGGCCAUGGACGAUCCAUGGGAGCUCGUUGUUACAUCAAGAAGUUUGAAAACAUUGUCAAUGACUGUAGCGACUUCUUUAAAUCUAUUUGUGGUAAGGAGGAGUACAAAGAUAAGAGAAGGUUCCUGUAUGGAGAGUCGAUGGGCGGGGCUGUGGCUCUGCUUAUUCACAAAAGCGACCCUGCAUUCUGGCACGGAGCAGUUCUUGUGGCUCCAAUGUGUAAGAUAUCUGAGAAGGUGAAACCACAUCCAGUAGUCAUAAGCAUGUUAACUACUGUCGAAGAUAUUAUACCCAAGUGGAAAAUAGUUCCCACAAAGGAUGUUAUUGAAGCAUCUUUCAAGGACCCUGUUAAGCGAGAAGAGAUACGAGGUAAUAGACUAAUUUACCAAGAGAAACCCCGACUGAAAACAGCUCUAGAAAUGCUACGAACUAGCAUGAACCUUGAGGAUAGCUUAAGUCAGGUGACUUUACCCUUUUUUGUGCUACAUGGAGAGGCAGAUACAGUAACUGAUCCAGACGUAAGUCGGGCAUUAUAUGAGCUAGCGGGUAGUGUUGACAAGACCAUGAAAUUGUACCCAGGAAUGUGGCACGGUCUGACAUCAGGAGAACCGGAUAACAACAUUGAGGCUGUAUUUAAAGACAUCACCGCGUGGCUGGACAAGAGGUCUGAAGGUGAUGGUAUGGUACCGCUGGCUGAGAAUUUUCAGCACAAUUCUAGCCCUGUUGUGACUGAGAGAGUAACAGCUGCAAAAUGGUCGAGAAGUAUAACUGGACAGAAGCAACAUAAAAAACGCUUGGGUGGAAGAUAUUUGUGUGGGUGGAAAGGAAGCCAAAUGCACCAUAACUACGAAAUGCAGGCGUAACGAGGCUAUUUUCUUUGGUUCUUGUUUUUGUUUAAUCAUAAGAAACUUAAGCAGAACAUCUGAAUAUGUGGUAUACUGUUAUGUGGAAACUGCUGGGAUUGUUCUUGAUUAUGUUCAGGUAAUUUUACUUUC